GGAAAAGCUAUGAUGGAGUUUGAGUAUGAGAAGAACAUGUCAUUGAGCAAAAUUCUUUCAAGGAGAACCUCUCUGGGAUGCUCCUCUCGCUUGUCUUACUAUAGGAGUGGAGAAGGGGUUCCAUUCAAAUGGGAAAGGCAACCAGGGAUUGCAAAAGAACGACCAAAAGAAGAUCUUCCUCCACUAAGUCCUCCACCAGCACUUCUCAGCAUGGGGCUACCCAAGCCAUGCAUUCCGGAACCAAAACCUUCAACCCGUUCAAGGCUAAGGUUUUGGAAGAAAAGGGUCAAACGUGGAAAAAGCAAAAAGUCAUCAUCCCAAGAUUGUUUUCAUGAAGAUGCUAUUGGUUUGGACAUAUUACCAAGAUUGGAUUGCAGCUCUGAUUCCGAGUCUGAGGCAUCCUCUCGUGGUUCAAGUUCUUCUUCUUGGUCCUCUACGUCGUUCAUGAAAAGCCCUUCCACUACCAUCAGAGAAGUGUAUGGAAGGCCUUUGACCUUAUUAGGUUGUUUUCCCAUGCAUGUUAGCAGAGUUUUCGUUUCUAUUGCAAGGCGUGAUUGAAAUAACAUCUUAUGCAGUUAGUUCUGCUUUUACGCUUUCUUUAGAAUGAUGUUUGCUAUUUUUCAUUUGUAAAGAUUCU